AUGGAUUCGGUAAUUCAUCAUCUCAAUCCAAUCGGCGUUGCGACUGUUAGAGCUGACCGAGACGCCAUUUGGAUAGGACUCGAUUCAGAUACGGCCUUAAUCCCAGACGCCGCCAUAGUCUUCAGGAACCUACCUGACCCCGGAUGGAGCGUAGACGACUUCUCCGAAUCCGGCCAAAUCCUACCAAUCGACACCGUCAGAAACCCUGACUGGUACAGGAGUGACGAACAAUGGGCCCCCUGGACGCCAACCGCAUUCCUUCUGAACGAGCGCCCUUGGUACGAUCAGCUGGAGACGGCGGUCCCAGUCGAAGAGAGAUUGGAGGGUUGGUCCAUGGCAGAAGAACAACGUUUAGUUUGCAGCGGGGAUCUCAUCCGCACGCAAGCUUGCGUUCGCAGCAUCGUAGAGUUCGAUCAAUGCUUCCCCCCUCAGGCAAAAGCUCCCCUCCAAUAUCCAGCCGAGCGCCUAGCCAAAGUCUACAGCACCAGAAAGCUUGUGCAGAUCAACGCGGCGAAAGCAAAGCGUUCGAUUCUACAAGCCCUCGCGUUCAUGUCCUGGUGGACAGCAAUCAGAGCAGAUUGGGAGUCACAGCUCAACGACACGGCGGUGGAGAUUAUCAGCAAGCUCUUGGCAACGACUAAGGGGAAGCGGGGUGUCAUCUGCGACCUCGAGCGCGACUGGCCCGUCAUCAAUAUUCCCCUAUACUUGCAACACAAGAUCCCCUUCUUUUACCUUUGGGACUUCGACGUUAGAGCAGACCAACGCUUCAGCCGAUUAAACCCAGCUCUCAAUCUCACGUACUGGGCCGUUCGACAAGGUACAACUUUAGACCUCCACCGAGACCUCGAAGAGGACGACCUUAACAAGAUCGCAAGGGAAGCGGUCAAAUUGGAUCACUAUUUUCAGCAGGUCUUCACAUAUCGAGCCGCCGUCGACCCAUCUAUCCUGUCAUCUUAUCCGGCGUUCAUCAUCGACUUCGUAGGAUGGAAGCGCAGACCCAUCAAUCGAAGCGAGGAAUCAACGGAAUCUUUAGCAAAGCUUUAUUACUACGGCGUGUUCGACGACAACGAAGAAUACGAACACAAAGUUGUUGUCUUCUGGAGAUGGAGGAAGAGGGAACCCCGGGAUGAAUACCUGCGUUGCCAGUACAAGACGAGUUUACCAGGGGAGGAACCAGCAGGAAUACUCAGAGAACUAUACAAGUUCGGCUACGCACCAAAGCCUGGUGUCCAGUAUGACGACGACACGGGCCUUCGAGUCGUUAGAAACCGCUCACCUGGCUCCUCGCUCUCUCUCUUAGAACGGAUGGGAGGCGCGCUUAGCGGCGGUAGACCAUCUUUACAAGAUCGCUUAUCCGACGACACCCCACGAAGCGACACCCCGAAUACUCAGAGCGCCAUGUCGGACGAUGACCUCAUGACUGCUCGCAUCUUGGAGGUGCCAGACACCUUGUAUCACCCCCGGGCCAUCAACAGCCCAGCAGCAUGGAUCCGUCAUAACGAAAACCUAUUGACGAACGCUCGUCAGGGAACUGCGGAUCGGCGAGCAUCUCAAGGCAUUGGUUCGACGCCUUUCCGACGGUCGCAAUCGCCCACUCGUAUCUCGGACCCCAUCCACUCAUCUCACGAGCGACCCGAAAUCAUGUUCCAGAGAUUGCUAAGGGACGAAUCAGCGAAAAUAACCUACACAACGAGUACAUGGUUCGCUCCCCAUUUUGCAUGGAACCCGGAAUUUCUGGAAGCCGCGUACCUUUUCAUCCCAGACGAAGAAAGUGAAGCACGACUCCGUUAUUGGGCUAAUUGUUGGGAUUCCGUGGGCACAGUGAAAAGGCUCCUGACAAUUGCUAUCGAACACGGCAUACGAUUCCAUCUAUCCUUACCACCCGACUCAGUGAGACGAUUCCGCCCGAUCAUCGUUGACAACCUCGACCGAAGCUCAGCAUCAUUCAUCUACAAUGUGGGCUUUCAAGAGCCUCCACUCCUCCCAGCCGACAACGCAGCCACAUACUGUGCAACGUACCUCGCCCGGAUGAAUGACGUCCUACGCCGGCCUCAUGCGUGUGCCUUCAUUGCAGAAGGAGGUCAGCUGAGCUGGAUAGCACGACGCUGGUCAGGGACUCGGCUCGUCGAAGAAUUCAUGUCGGGGCCCUCUAUUCAAAUCACCGUCCACAACCGAGGCUUUUACGACUCCGCAUCCGAGGACGCUUCCUAUCUUUCACACGACAUCGUCUCAGAACAAGAAAAGGAUCUGCUGCUAGGCUAUUGCUCUGGCUCGAACGGCUGCUCGGGACGAUGGCUAUUCCCUCCAGCUGACAUGUUUAAUGGUAACUUCGAUCUGUGGACAGGUGAAUGGAAUGCGGCACUCGACCACAUCUACCGUCGAUUGGCCGACGACAUCGCAAGAGGGAAGGCUAAGCUCCGAACUCGAGAAAAGUGGAAGUGCUGGAUAAGGAACAAUGAACGGGGCCAACGGCGCCCAUCCUACUUGCCCUCAGCGACGGAUUUCCGGGAUGUAAUGGAAGGCAUUUCAAAAGCAGGAUUGAAGCCUACUUGGCACAAGGAACCGCUGGACAACAUCACUUUCCCUGAAAGACGAGUGGACUAA